ACUCAGAUUUCCUUUUGGUCCAAUAUUCUCAUAUUCUCUUUGAAAAUAUCAAACUUACAUUUUUACAUAAUGCUCUGUAUUUGAUUCUUUAUCCUCUAAUGAAGAACAUGCACCUUCAUCUUUCAUGACAAAGCAUUUCUCUUUUCCCCCCUUUUUAUUUCACCAAUUUGCACCAAACCAUAUUAUAUGUCCCUUUCCUUUUUUCCCCCCACUUUAUUAUACCACCUUUUUCUUUAUUUCACCCUUCAUUUUCAUUGUUUUUGUACUUGUAUAUGUUCUUAAAUCAUCAACAUUUGAUUGAUUUUAUAAACAAAAGUAUAUUACAACAAAAUCAUUUUACAAAAUCCCAAAAACAAAAAACAAAAACAAAAAAAAUCAAGUUUCUUCCAAAAACCCACCAAAACCCCUCAUUUCAUUAUGGCUAAACUUGAUUCCAUUUACAUAUUCUUGCUUCUAUCUUCUCUAAUCAUCUCCAAAUCCGGUGGGAUUGAAUCAGAAACACAAAGAAAACUACAAAAAGUUGUCAGAAGAUUGGAUGAUAAUACAAUAACAAACCCAGCAAAUUUCCCACCUUAUACACCCACACCAACAAUUAUUACUGUCCCAGCUUCAAAUCCCACCACCCCAGUAAACGACCCGAUUCCCACAACACCACCAGCAACCACCACAGUCCCCUCCACAACCACCCCAGCUCCGCCCAUCACUAACCCUGCUAACCCGGGAAAUGUGCCGGUGUCGAACCCGCCGACAGAUGGGUCGGGUACGGCGGGGGGAAGUUGGUGUAUUGCUAAUAGUGGUGCAUCAGAGAGUGCUUUACAGAGUGGAUUAGAUUAUGCUUGUGGGAGUGGAUUAGCUGAUUGUUCAACAAUUCAAGAUGGGGGUAGUUGUUAUAAUCCUAAUAGUCUUGCUAAUCAUGCUUCUUAUGCGUUUAAUAGUUACUUUCAGAAGAAUCCUUCGUCUACUAGUUGUGAUUUUGGGGGUGCUGCUGUUAUGGUGAACACUAAUCCCAGUACUGGUUCUUGUAUUUACCCAUCAUCAGCAACUGGAACCGGAACAGGAGCUGGAGGAGGAGCAGCUAUGCCUUUAUCGACAACUCCUCCGACAACAGAAACACCUUCCUCGACAUUUCCAACACCAACAACAUCCUCACCUGGGACUACAGGAUUACCAUAUGGGAGUCCAGCAUAUGGCAACAACUAUGGAUCUCCACCGUCAUUAACAACUCCAAGCAACCCGAAUUCACUAUUCCCUGCAAGUUACGGGCCUGAUAGCCCACCUCUUGGAAACACUCUUCCUGCAGGUACAGCUAGUCUGCGACCCGACAUCAGUUUCAUCAUCCCGGUAGUUUUCUACUUGACAGGAAAACUAAUUCUGGGUACAUGAGUUUGAUUUCAUUUCAGAAGGUUAACAAGAAUCCUAGCUAGUGGCAAAGAAAUAUAUGCUCUUGUACAGAUCUGUUAGACCCACGAGAAGAGAACGGAAUAUGGUAGUGAGUUCUUUUAGGAGUACUUAAAAAGUUAGCAAUCAGAAAUCCAAGCCACAAUAUCAGUUGCCAGCAUUAUUCCCUUUGAUAAUGAGUGCAAUUUUUAAGGAAGAGAGUUGUAAUAUGAGAUGAUCUAGAUUAGGUUUAGCUAGAUUCGUAUCAGGCCGGUUAAAGAUGUAUAAAAGAAGAAGCCAGUUAUUUGUAGAUUCAUGAGACUGUAUUAGAAGUUAAAAAAAGUUUUCUUGUGCUGUUA